UAUCUCGUUUGAGUACAUCUGUUGUACGUUGUAGUUUUACUACUGAAAGAUGGGUUCCAAAAUGGAAAUACUGAUCCUAGGCCUGCUGGCCAUGCUCCUUUUCAUCUCCUCACAGGUGGCAGCUAGGGAUUUGAAAGAGGGUGAUGUUGUUAGAGCGACAAAUCAAGUGGGUGGUGGUGGUGGUUACUUCGGUGUUGGGCCUGGUGGUGUCUUCCCUAGGCCUCCUAUUGUCUUUCCUAGGCCUCCUGGUGGCUUCUACCGUCCGAUUGGCUUCCCUCCUUUUGGAUUCUACCCUCCUGGUUCUGGCUUCUACCCUCCUGGUUCUGGCUUCUACCCUCCUUAUGGCUUUUACUACCCUCCUCGUAUCUUCCCAGGUCAAGGGUAAUGGUUGUUGUCAUGCACUGAGAACUUGCUCAAGCUGCCACAAUCUUCUCAGCAUAAGACUCACAAGUUAGAUAUAAUGUGUAGUUAAUUCUACGUGUUUCAUGAAUAAAAUCUCGUGUGUUGGAGUAGACAGCAAUCACCUCCAUACCACUAGAUAUAUAUAUUUCACAACUACGUACAAAUAAUGCUCAAUAAUAAGUUGUUGUGUCUGUGUGAUUAGUUUAAGAGCAAACUCAAAUAUCAGUAUGUACAAAUAGUUUGUCAUAAUUAAAUCCCGGUUUUAUUACUUGUACUGUUACUAUAUAUCAUCACCAUUAAUAUUAUGUCCUCUCUGUUGUUAA